AGUCAAACACUGCUGCAUGAUAGGCUGUGAGUGCCUUACCUGAGUGCCUAUAACAAUGCCUCCAACAGCAUGUAUGUCCAGGGGGCUGCUGAACCAGUACGUCGCCGGCUUUGCGGCAUGCCUGAGCGCCUUGACGUCAGCCACCUGCUACAGCUACACGACCCCUCUACUGCCCAGACUGUUGUCACCCUCCAGCGAACUGCCGCUGACACCCUCACAGCUCACAUGGGUCAUCAGUAUUAUAGAGCUGGGCUGUCUGCUGAGUCCUCUACCAGCUGGUCUCCUCAGCAACCACGUGGGUCGCAAGCUGGUGCUGCUCUCCUCAGCCCCUCUGUUCAUGCUGAGCUGGACCAUCGUGUUGUACUACCAGACCGCCCUAGGGCUCGCCGUGGCUAGGUUCAUCCAAGGCUUCACCAUCGGCAUAGUGUGCACGACGGCACCGGUCUACUUGGGAGAGAUCGCCAGUCCCAAGGAGCGAGGUUCCAUCACCUCCAUGUUCACCAGCGUCUGGUGGCUCGGCUUCCUCCUGGAGUACUCUGUAGGACCUCACCUGACCUUCACAGGCUUCACCUACUUCACCAUGCUGCUCAACAUACCCUUCUGUCUGGCAUUCCUUUGGCAGCCGGAGACUCCUGCGUUUUACCUCCUCCAGUGUAACGAAGAGAAAGCCACCCGUUCCCUCCUUUAUUUCAGAGACGGCUCCAUCGAUGCCAUCAAAAGAGAAAUAGACGAAAUGAAAAUGAGCUUGGAGGUCAACAGAAAACCAGCGACUUUCAGAGAACUGGUUGCAACUGGGGUGGAUAGGAAAGGACUUUCGAUUCUUUUGGUGAUCAUAACAGUGAGGAUUUUCAGUGGGAACUCCGUGAUAACUGUGUACGCUACGCACAUCUUCGAGCAGAUCCCGGAGCUGCAGUUCACCGCAGAUAACAUAACCAUCUCUCUAGGAGUAGUUAUGUUUGCCGGCAGCAUCGUCAGUACGUUCUUAUCAGACAGUGUAGGCAGAAGGCCGCUCUUGCUGGUGUCUUGUAUAGGAUCUUUCGUGUGCCACUUGUGCUCAGGGAUGUACUUCUUCUUCCUCACACAGACCUCUGUGGACGUCAGUGGCUGGAGUUGGCUGCCUCCUGUAUCCAUCAUCCUCUAUUCUGGGCUCUACUGCUCCGGUUUGAACCCAGUAAGUAUCGCGUACACUUCGGAACUCUUCAGAUCCACUACCCGAGGGGUUGCCUCGAGUCUCAGCACCAUCAACAUGACAGUCCUGGUGUUCGUCUUGCUGUCCAUCUACGAACCGAUAAUCCACGACUUCGGGAUGUACGCCAAUUUCUUCCUGUACGCGCUUGCGUGUCUUGGUGGAUGUAUUUAUUUCUACUUGUACGCUCCGGAAACUAGAGGAAAGUCCUUUUUCCAAAUCAGGAAGGAGUUGUGUGGAGGCACAGUGUCUCAAAGGGAGGAUCCUGAAAGAGAACCUUUGUUUGUGGAUGUGGAUGUGGAUCUCUUGUGAAACACAGCUAGUUGUAUCUUUUUUAGUUUUAACAAUUUUGUAUUCUAUUGUAUAGAUUUUAGUCAU